GUGUGGUAAUGAGUACAUGAAUCUAGCAUAUUCUAAUCUUAACAAACCAAUCUAAUAGUACGAGUAUUUGGGUUAUUAUGAAGCGUUGAUUAAUUCAAACAGAAUGUAUAGCAAAUUACACGGGUGCCCUUGAGCAAACAGAGUCAUUAUAAUUUCAGUGCAUAUAUUUUUUUUCUUUUGACGGAAAGUGUAUAUUUUAAAUUUAUAUUUUGAUAUGAAGAUAUACAUAGGUUAGAUACUAUAAAUUUAGGGUUCAUGCUAAUAAAUACGAGUAAAUAUAUACGUAGUAUUAAAAAAAAAGGUUUAGUAAAAAAAAAAAAAAAAAAAAAAAGGUUGUCAUUUGAAUUGAGAAUUGUUUGGUUUAUACAUCUCCUCUUGUUCUACAGAUUACAGUUGGUUGGUAUAUAGAUAGUUGAUCUGAGGAAGAAUGGUUGGUCAAGGAGGAAACCAGUAUCCAGCCCCUCUUGCCAAGUAUGAGGAUGUUGUUUCCAAUCGUCAACUUUUUAUGACCACUCUCGAGAGCCUUCACGCAGCUAUGGCCACUAAAUUCAUGAUUCCCGUCAUUGGCGGCCGUGAUCUUGAUCUUCACAAGCUUUUUGUCGAGGUUACUUCUCGUGGUGGUAUUGAAAAGAUACUCUCAGAAAAAAGAUGGAAAGAUGUUACAGCCACUUUCAAUUUCCCUUCUACGGCCACAAAUGCUUCUUUUGUGCUGCGCAAAUACUACUAUUCAUUGCUUCAACACUAUGAGCGAAUCUACUACUUCAAUGCCUGCGAUUAUUCUCCUGGUGUCCUGCAGAGUCUGAAUCCUGCACCUUCUGCAGUCCAUGGAUUGUCUGAAAUGUCUGCAGCACCCACAGCAGCUCAGCCUGCAAAUUUACAUCAGAACCAGAUAAACACUACAGAGUCUAUGUCUCAAGCAGCACCAUCUGGGGGGUAUCCUAUCAUUGGAGUGAUAGAUGGAAAGUUUGAAAGUGGGUAUCUAGUUACUGUCACAAUUGGGAAGGAUAAAUUAAAAGGGGUUCUCUACCAGACUCCACCAGCUAAAGUUAAUCAAGCGCCACAAACAUCUGGUAUCGCAACUGGCAAAACUGACAACACUCCUGCAACAUCAGGUGUUCCUCGUAGGAGGAGGAGGAGGAGGAAGAAGUCUGAGAUAAGAAAGAGAGAUCCUACUCACCCUAAGCCCAAUAGAAGUGGUUACAACUUCUUCUUUGCUGAGCAACAUGCCAGAUUGAAGCCACUUCACCCAGGCAAGGACCGGGAGAUUAGUAGGAUGAUUGGUGAACUCUGGAACAAAUUAAAGGACAGUGAAAAGGCUGUGUAUCAAGAAAAAGCAAUUAAGGACAAAGAGAGAUACAGGACAGAAAUGGAAGAUUAUAAAGAGAGACUAAGAACAAAUCAGGUGAUAAGCGGUGCAAUACCAAUACAGCAGCGGUUUCCUGAUUUGGGUUUGGAGAUGGAAGAAGUGGAUGUGAAAGAUGGGACAGAAAGAGAUACCCAAGGAUCACCUGAAAAAGAAAGUGAUUCUAGCAAGAGUGAUACUAAUGAAGAAGAAGAGGAGGAAGAAUCAGCAGAAGAAGAGGAUGAAGAUGAAGAUGAAGAUGAAGGUGAUGAUGAUGACAAGAUCAUGGAGAAGGAGGAUGAGGAUUAUUCUGAUGCAGAAACUUCUCCAGUAGUAGGUGGUACUACUGUUGAAUCAGGCAAUGCAGGUACUUCUGAAACAGCAGCAGCAGCAGCAACAGCAGGGGAUUUUCAAGUAGUUAAGGGAGAGGAGAAAGCAGGUUGUGAAGAAAGUGAAGGGAGCUUGAGUGCUGGUAGUCAAUUUCAUGGGGAGACAAAGCAAGAAUCAUCACCUAAUGCUGAACAAGAGAAUUCCAUUAUUGCUCCUGCUGUGACAUAGUUAAGGCCAACUUCCAGGUUCACCCCUUUGUGCUGAUUUUUGUAAAUUUUUGAUGCUCAAAUAUUGGGAUGCACAAGUAUGUGAGACUGAUCUUGCUUAUUUAGACUAUUAAGCAUCUCAGGAAGGCAGUUUUGCAGUGAAAGGUUACACAAUAGGAACUGAUUACACGUCAUAGCCUGUAGUCCAGUUUAACAUUUUUUCUUUGCUGCUUUGUUUUAUGCUUAAAUAUUGCUACAUGCUAAUCAGUCAAAAAAUCUCUCAGUUUUUUUUUUUUUUUUUUUUUUUUUCCCACAAACUUCUUACAAGCCUAUUGUCCUUUGGUUCUACAUACAGCACAAAGAUUGUAUUAACUAAUUGAAAACCAAAGUAAAGUUAUCGUUAAGAAUGAUGAAUGCUGACAUUCAUUGAGCUAAUUAUUCUCUAUAACCUUAAAGUUUUACUUGAAGCGGAAAGGGUUGGUUGUGUGAAACAAGUAAUAUGGAAUUAUGGAUUAUGGACUAUAGAGUUUCAGGUAAACUACGUAGCUUGUUUAGUAGGACAAGUGAAGAUGACAAAUUUUAUAUAUAUAUCCUCUUGGGUAUGGGCUUAAUGAAGCAGAUGGUUUCCUUAACUUUUACCCUACUCCUUUUGGUGGAAAAUUUCAU